AUGAGUAAAAAGAUUUGUCUUCUCUUAGUUUUUAAUCUGAUUUUAUUCGCUAAUAUUGCUAGCGGAUAACCAACUUUAAAUGCUUAUUGCAAUUACAUAGCUUCCAUAUCUGGUAGAUUUGGAGUUCAGUAUUAGCCAGAUAUUAGUGCACAAAGAUGCAGUUUUUGUUAAUUAUUUGAGUACACUUCUUCCCAAAAUACCUAGAACCCUUAUACCGGGUGCUUAACCUGUCCUGAUUACUAGACUGGUUAAUGUAAAGUAUGCAAACCAAAUUAUUUCAGCACUCCUAAUUAAGUUUGCGUCCCAUGUCCUGAAGGAAAUGCUUCUUGCUGUUCAACAAAUUUAGCUAAUGACGAGCCAAACUUAUCCACUUUUACUAACACUAUAAACUUAUCAACAUAUGCUGAUUACUCCAGAUAUGCGAUAGCAGUUCAAUUUUAUUCAGCAAUCAGAGCUAUAAGCUGCUUGCCAGGGUACGUUCAACUUGGCCAUGUUUGCUAAAAAUACCCAGAUAAUUGUUAAACUGUGUCAGUUCAAAGUAACUCAUUUUAUUGCUCAGCUUGCAAAGCAGGAUAUUUCUUUGAUAAUAAUAAUAGUUGUGUUAACAACGGUGUAAGCAUCAGAUAUAUUUACAACACUGUUCCUUUUCCAGAAAAUUUUGUGAAAUGCUCUGGUUACUCUUCAUAUUCCACUUGCACUGGUUGCUAAUCUCAAUAAGGAUAAGACUUAGUUAUCAGAUACUUUACUCUCGAUAGCAGCUCCAUUAAAAUAGAGUAAUUAACUGACUCCACUGGCCAAACAUCUAAAACUUACUAAGUUUGUCGAGAAUGCCCUUAAUAUUGCAUAAACUGUGAUGGUAAUUAUUAAUAAUGCAAGGUAUGCGCACCCUAUUACUUUUUGUAAAAUGGAAACUGUAAACCAUGUCCUACUCCUGAUUAGUAUAUAUAGCUAAAUUCUGACCUCCAAUUGUAAGCAUAUUAUUCUGGAUGCACUUCUGGAGAUUCUUCUUAUGGAUCUUAUACAUGGAAUACUAGCAUCCCAUAGAACAUGUAAGAUACAUUAGGACUUGCUAUUUCUCGUCCAAUUAUCAAGCUUUCUUCUGGUAAAUAUACAGCUUGUGAUGUAAAUUGUGUUUCCUGCUAAUCUGACUAAAAUGGUAAAUCAACUAUUUGCAAUGCUUGUGCAAACGGCUUUUUCCUAGAUAAAAGUCAAAGCCCAUACGUUUGCUCAGUCUGCCCAGAUCCAAACAGUGUUUUGUGUGUUUGGAAUGAUACUAUUAAAAUGGCUUAAAUCAUUGCUUGUAAGGCAACUGCAAAUGAUUUUGUCCCAUACCAUAACACCUACUACUUGCAACUUGAUUUUAAUUUAAAUAAUUUUAAUUAAAAUCCUUCAACUUAUGACAACAAAAACUAAUGUGUACUCAACACUAAAAACUGUAAGUAAAUGAUUAACAAUAGACUUGGAGUUUAAGGGUAGUGCUCUUCAUGUUAUUAAAGUUCAGAUUUAGCCAGAGUUUAUCAGCCUAAUGCAGGAUAUUAACCUCUUAAUUACUAUCUAACAAGUUAAAAUAGUUGUGUGACUUGUUUAACACCAAAUUCUUCAGAUUGCGCCCUUUCUAGUGAUAAAACAUAAGUUGUUGUUACCAAAUGUAAAGCUGGAUACUAGCCUACUCCAAUCUCUGAUGGAACCUGUAAGCAAUGCCCCAGCAAAUGUCUUACAUGCAAUGAUUAAAGUCAAUGCACCAGCUGUGAUACCUCUAAAUAUUACAGUAUAACUACAUAAGGAUAAAUUACAGACUGUUAACCUGCUUAUGCUCCUAAUACAGCUGCUUUAGAAGGAUGCUUAAAUUGGGGCAGUGGACCUAGUAUGCCUUCAACUCCAAGUUGCUAGACAUGUAACGCAGGUUAUGUCUUAGUAUCAGAUGCAUAACUCUAAACAAAAACAUCUACAUAAACUGUCGCCUUAUGUUUAGCUUGUCCAUCAAAUUGUACAUAAUGUUAUGCAGGUUAGCAAAGAGCUAUCUGCAGUAAAUGUAGUAUUGAUACUUAUUUAUCAAACAAUGUUUGUAUCAGUCUUCCAGAUGGUUGCUUUACUGUAAAAAAUGGUGCAUGCACAUAAUGCUAAUAUGGUUAUAGAUUAGUUGAUAACAAAUUUUGCUUUAAAUGUGUGAGCAGUAAUUCUGCCUCUGAUUUAUAAAACCGCUUUUUCUAUGAUUGCCCAGGAGCUCAAUGUGCUGCAGUACCCACUUCAGAUUAGUCUGAGGACUCUCUCUCAACAAAGACUACACAACCUUCCUCAUCUUUCUAAAAUAAAUUAUAAAUAUCUAUUUUAUGCUUGUUAUUAUUACUCGUUUUAUUAUUUUGA